ACCAGAACACCCCCAUCACGCCGUCAACUUCCCCUCUCCGUCUAUCCACGGAUCGCAUCUCUUCCCCCCGUUUAUUAGUUACGUUUAUCUCCCCCGCAUCGUCCGCUCAUUCUUUCAAACCAUUUCACCCUUUUCCCUCUUCCCAAGCUUUUUCCCCCCCCUCUCCACAAAGCAAGUAUUUCCCCCCUCGAAAUUUCCUUCUACAAUUUGUUGAAGCUCCGUCCGCCGUUCUUCUUCAGCAGCUCGUCCGCCGCCGACCACCUCGCCGGAGAGAUCUUUGUCGCAUCGCGUUCUCUUUUGUUACGAGAGAUUUCGUGGCGGAGAUUGUCGAAUUCGCUCUCUUUCGAAUUUCAUGGAGCAGUUGCGAGAGGAAGAUUCGUCUCCUAUGUGAAGCAGGGGGAGGGAAUGGACGGGUUCAGAGACACGAAGAAAAAUUAGGGAAUUCCGUUUGAAAAUUUGCUCGCCUGUCUCGAUAAGGAAUCAUAAUUUAUUCCCCCCCACCACAUUGUGUGUGAAAAGUUUCUGUAUAUUGUACUAUUGCCAUUUUCGACUAAGAAAGAGGAGGAGGAGAAUUGAACCGGGAAAGGAUUGAGGUGUACAAAAAUGGAGGUUCUAAACCCAAUUACGACCAAGCUGCAGGGGCUUUCCACAUCAGACCACGCCUCUGUGGUCUCCAUGAACUUGUUCGUCGCCCUGCUUUGUGCUUGCAUAGUCAUUGGCCAUCUUCUGGAGGAGAAUCAAUGGAUGAAUGAGUCCAUUACUGCCCUUUUAAUUGGUGUGUGUACCGGGGUUGUGAUAUUGCUGGUUAGUGGAGGAAAAAGCUCGCAUCUUUUGGUGUUCAGCGAGGAUCUUUUCUUUAUCUAUCUUCUGCCGCCGAUCAUAUUCAAUGCCGGGUUCCAGGUGAAAAAGAAGCAGUUCUUCCGGAACUUCAUCACAAUUAUGCUAUUUGGUGCUGUCGGCACAUUGAUAUCUUGUUUCGUUAUAUCCUUGGGAGCCAUUGAGUUCUUUAGCAGAAUGGACAUUGGUGAACUUGACAUUGGAGACUACAUAGCACUUGGAGCAAUAUUUGCAGCAACUGAUUCUGUUUGCACAUUGCAGAUUCUUAAUCAGGAUCAGACGCCUCUACUUUACAGUCUUGUAUUUGGGGAAGGUGUCGUAAAUGAUGCUACAUCAGUGGUGCUUUUCAAUGCACUUCAGGGCUUUGAUCUUGUCAAUCUUACUCCGCACAAUGGUUUGGAGUUCAUUGGCAGCUUCUUGUAUUUGUUUGUCACAAGUACUUUGCUGGGAGUUGCGACUGGAUUAGUCAGUGCUUACAUCAUAAAAACCCUCUACUUUGGAAGGCAUUCAACAGAUAGGGAGGUUUCUCUCAUGAUCCUUAUGGCAUAUCUUUCAUAUAUGCUUGCUGAGUUGUUCUAUUUGAGUGGGAUUCUCACAGUAUUUUUCUGUGGAAUUGUCAUGUCCCAUUACACAUGGCACAACGUGACUGAGAGCUCGAGAGUAACGACAAAGCAUGCAUUUGCAACCUUGUCAUUCGUUUCUGAGAUAUUUAUUUUCCUCUACGUCGGAAUGGAUGCCUUGGACAUUGAGAAGUGGACCGCCGUGAGUGACAGCCCUGGAACCAUAGUGGCUGUGAGUUCAGUAUUAUUGGCCCUUGUCCUGCUAGGAAGAGCAGCUUUUGUGUUUCCCUUGUCCUUCUUAUCAAACUUAUCUAAGAAGUCACCGAAUGAUAAGAUCGACAUCAAGCAGCAAAUUGUCAUAUGGUGGGCUGGCUUGAUGAGAGGUGCUGUAUCUAUGGCACUCGCUUAUAACAAGUUUACCAGUGGGGGGCACACUCACUUGCGAGGGAAUGCUAUUUUGAUCACCAGCACCAUCAUUGUUGUUCUCUUCAGCACUGUGGUCUUCGGUUUGAUGACUCAACCUCUCAUAAGAUUCCUGCUCCCAGACGGGAAGAGCCAGCCGAGCACAGCAGUAUCCUCCCAUGCUGGCUCCCCGAAAUCAAUCACGGUGCCCUUCCUGGGCGAGGGGCAGGACUCGCUGGAAGAUUUCGCGCACCAGGACCUCAACGGCGGGAACAGACUGCGAGCCCUGCUCACCACCCCAACCCACACAGUCCAUUACUACUGGCGCAAGUUUGACAACGCCUUCAUGAGGCCCGUCUUCGGUGGCCGGGGGUUCGUUCCCUUCGUCCCUGGCUCGCCAACUGAGCGCACUUCCCCCAGCAUCACCACUCCCUUCCAGUGACUGGACCAGAAAAAGGAAAACAGAAAGGAAGGAAGGGACUCCAAACUGUACAAAAAUGGGUUUUAUGUAACGCUAUAUCUCACGAGGCAAACAUGGCAACAACAAUGCGACCGCCACGCUUUUGUGCCAAUAUUUUGUAAAUUAGCUUCUUCUCUGUGUAUUGUGCAAUUAUAUAUGAUGAUUAUUAUGGCUUUAGAGACACAAAGGAAACAAAGCAAACGACGACAAGUUGGUAUUGCUUAUGUUGUAAUUUUGUCCCACCCACCAUUUUGCAUUGUUGGGUAAUUUUGUCUCCUCGGUUUGUUCAACAACAGCAGCAGCGUAUGUUUAUUCCUCUUUAUCCUUCAUCUUAUAUGCAAUAAUAUAAUGAUGUUCCUUCUUCGAGUACUCUUCUUA